ACCGAUGUGGAGAGAGAACUGUCUCCCCAGAGCCAUACAAAGCAGUGUGCUUACAGUGAUAAAAGAAUUUAAAACAGCAUACAGUUAACCCUUCGAUCGCCCCUCAUGUUAACCCCUUCCUGCCCAGUGUCCAUUAGUACAGUGUCAGUGCUUUUUUUUUUUAGCACUGAUCACUGUAUUGGUGUCACUGGGGAUGUCAGUGACACCAAGUCAGUUCCCCCCAGUGUCACAAUGCCCGCCAUAGUCCCCGCUAUAAGUCGUUGAUCGCUGCAAUUACUAGUGAAAAAAAAAAUCCAGUAUAUAUACCGUUAUUUGUAAACGCUAUAACUUUCACGUAAACCAAUUAAUUUA